GGAACAUAUUGCGUGUAAAUAGACUACACUUCUAAACUACAGGGUUUUUAUUCCAAUUGUUGCUGCAUUUAUCUUGUGUUAAUCUGAUUAUAACCCCAAAUCACGAGUAAACAUUUCAAUUAAUAAGAACGCCGCUUGACAUCAUUUGAACCAGUUCGCACGCCAUACAAAACGCGGAAGUACGUUCACUGACCCCGUUGUCUCUUUUUCACAUGUUUAGUGGGUAUUAUCUUUUCUUUCAGUCAUAAAUCCGUUUGACUGUAUUGCCCAGUGUGUCCCACAAUAAAACUACUGAUUUAAUUCACCAAAAUGUUCCUCACGCUGAGACUCCUGCGGAAAGGUACCUCUGGAAAGCAGUGGAUUGGAAAGUAUCGGCGCCACAGACCAGUCACGUGGCAGAUGAAACGAAACAUGGUGAAACAUCUGGAGCGUGAAGCAGAGAAUGAGUACUGGAUCAGUCGCCCCUACAUGACACCAGAACAGGAGCAGGGACAUGCAGCUGAGCGCAGGGCCCAAAACUGGCUCACUAUCAAAGAGAAAGGCUUUGUCAACUUUCCUGAACACAAGCAUAACUGAGCAUUUGAGUCAUCUCAGAAUCACCAAGACAUGGUCAAAUUAAAAACUUCACAAACUCUUAUGUCACUAAUUUCAGUCUCUAUAUUUAUGUUUAAGUACGAAACUGUUUAAUGCAACUUGUAAAAUGGUCAAGAUGUACCACCUUACUUGCCUGAUUAAAACAUUUUGGAAUAA